CAAACGGAAAAAGCGAAGGAUGGGUUCUUGCUGUUCACGGUUCAGCGUUGAUCUAGAAGAGAAGACGGACGGAAGAAAGAGAAAGUAUGUUAGACUGGACACAAGCCAAAGUGGCAAGAAAGAGGUUCCUUUGCCUUUUACACACCCCUUCACUACAAACGCACCAGGAAAAGCUGUCUACAUCAAUGGUGUAGUAUCGCAAAACCCCUCUCGAUUUAAAGUCGAGUAUUCUUCCGAGAAUGGCAAAUAUGUGGCACUUCACAUCAAUGUACGAUUUGAUGAAGGUGCAAUCGUUUUCAACUCCAUAAAACAAAACGAAUGGGGUCCCGAAGAGAAAGCCGAUAAAUUUCCAUUUAAAGCAGGAGAAAAGUUUCUUCUUGUGAUUGAGACAAAGAGCGACCAAUAUCACGUCAAAGUGAAUGAUCACCAUUUGUAUACGUUUAACCAUCGCUUGCCAAUAAAUUCCGUCCAACAAAUUCGCAUCAAUGAGGAACGACGGGAUAUUGGAGACGAUUCCACUGUGUCCAUCUCUCUAGUCAGAGUCGACGUAAGUUUGUAUUCAAGUUAA